AUGGUCUUCGCCUUCGACGAGCACGACCAGCACCUGCCGCAGGAGACUGCUGCUCACCACCCGCUCAGCCCGACCCACCGUGCUGCCAUAGACGGUGUUCUGAACGCCAACACUCCUGCCCUCACCGUCGCCGGGCCCGACGAUGAGCUUGACGCUGAGCCGGCUCUUCGCCUCGCGCGCAACAUUACCCGCUCCCCGCCAAUGAAGGUCAUGUCGCAGUCACCCCACCGGCAACCCUCCGCGAAUACUGGAAUGCAUGCCCAGGCGCUCGGCGAGAAGCUCAACUUCGAGAAGGCCAAGAGCAAUGCUGCCAAGAAGAAGAAGAAGAAGCGCGCAAACAAGCACACUCCGGCUCCGACCGCCAUGCAGACCAUCCGCGGAUUCCAGACUCCCGUUACCUCGGAGUGCGAGGAAACUGAUAUUUCUGCGUCAAACACGCCAAUGCUCGGCCCCGUCAAAUCGCGCGACCUGCCCAGCGUUACCAGCAGCCCCGCGCUCCGUCCGAGUUCUUCCAGCGGCGGCAUUAGCUCCAUGAAGGCGCAGCUGGAGAAGCUCAACCUCAGCUCGCCCAUUCCUAAGUCGGUUUCGACCCUUGCUGCCUCGAGCAAUGUUAGCGUCAUCUCAGAUUUCUCGAGCAACAGUGACAAGACCGAAAUGGACACCUACCAAGUCGAGCUCAACGAGGAUUUUGCCAGCGUUGAGGCCCGGGAGAGUGUAUUCGAGGAAGAAGCCAACGGCAGCCGCUUCGACUCUUUGACCCGCAAGAUGACCGCCGAUGAUUUCGAGCCGCUGCGCUGUCUCGGAAAAGGUUCUUAUGGGACAGUACUUCUCGUUAAGCACAAGGCCACCGGGCGCCUCUUUGCACAGAAGCAGUUGCGCAAGGCGCACCUCACCGUCCACAAGAAGCUUGUAGAGCAAACCAAGACCGAGCGCGUCAUUCUGGAGAAUGUCAACCGCCACCCCUUCGUGGUCAAGCUCUACUAUGCUUUCCAGGACCACGAGAAGCUCUACCUCAUUCUGGAGUAUGCUCAAGGCGGAGAAUUGUUCCACCACUUGGCCAUGGAGCGCAUGUUCACCGAGGAGGUUGCUGCAUUUUAUAUGGCUGAGAUGGUGCUCGCUUUGGAGCAUCUCCACCGCAGCGUCGGGGUUGUCUACAGAGACCUCAAGCCCGAAAACUGUCUUCUGGAUUCCGAGGGUCACCUGCUUCUGACCGAUUUUGGCCUUUCCAAAGUUGCAGUGGAUGAGAACGACACCUGCAACUCUAUGCUUGGCACUGCCGAGUACAUGGCUCCCGAGGUUAUCCAAGGCAGGGAGUACGGCUUCGCUGUUGACUGGUGGUCGCUCGGCGCGCUUGGUUACGACCUUCUCACCGGCUCGCCUCCCUUCACAGCCAACAACAACGCCAAAGUCCAGGAGAAGAUCGUAAAGCAGAAGCUGCAGCUUCCCUACUUCCUCUCACCCGACGCGAAGGAUCUCCUUACCCGCCUUCUGCGCAAGGAGCCCAGCAAGCGUCUCGGCGGUAACAUGCCAAAAGACCUCCAGACCAUCAAGGCGCACCGCUUCUUCCGCAAGAUCGACUGGAAGAAGUUGGCCACGCGCGAGCUCGAACCGCCGAUCCAGCCCCUCAUCACCGAUCCGGAACUCGCCGAGAACUUCGCCAAGGAGUUCACGGACCUGUCUCUCAGUCCGGUCAUGUCGAUGCGUAGGAGCAUAGUGAUGAUCGAAGGCAUGGAUGGUGCCGGUGGUACAGGCCACGCCGAGCCGGACCUCUUUGGAGGCUUCAGCUUCGUCGCGAGCUCGAGUUUACUCGAGUGCGGCGAUUGGGCCUUUUGA